AUGGAUUUGGCGUGCCAGAACGCCACGGAGGAGCCCAGCGAAGCCAAUCUCGUGCGGCUACUGGAUCUGUGGUCGGCGGACUGGAAGCAUCAAGUGCGCACCCGCGUCGUGGGACCCGGAGCGUUCGAGAAGUAUUGCACGCUGGGCUUCUUCGGGCACGGGGGGGUGUGCGGUGUUUCCAACGCAACGAGCAAGCGAGCGGCCUGCACUGCAGUGAACCGCUUCUUGAAGAGCCGCUUUCCGAACGGCACCUGGACCUCCAUCGCCGUGCUUUUCAACCCUCGCAUGGGCCUGCACCGUGACAUUCAGAACAUGCCAGGGCACUUGAAUCUUUCUUUGGCUCUCGGGGCGAGUGUGGAUCGAAGACGACGAGGGUGGCUGGACAUGCACGACAAGCCCGUCAGCUUCAAUGCUCGCCGCUAUCACAUGGUGGAGCCACACCAGGGCAGCAUGUGGGCACUCGCAGCUUAUGUUCAGCACCGAGAAGCGCUGAGAGAAGCGGGUUUUCCGCUGCCCAGUGGCCGGGGCUGGAGGCGGGCGAGACAGGCGAGACAGGCGAGACAGCUGAGACAAGACUCUAAAUAG